CACAGCUGACGCUCCUCACUGACGCUCCUCGGUUGUUUACAGUUUUACGCUUUUAGCUUCAGCCAUAGAGCUCUCUCAAUAAAACAGUUUAAAUCGUAUUUUCGACAUGGGAUGCGACGGCGGAACCAUUCCCAAAAGACACGAACUAGUUAAAGGACCGAAAAAGGUUGAAAAGGUCGAUAAGAAUGCAGAACUCGCAGCCAAAUGGAAAUACUGUGCAUUGAGUCAGGAAAAGCUGAAGCGACCGAUAGUCGCCUGUGAGCUGGGCAGACUGUAUAAUAAAGAUGCGAUCAUUGAGUACUUGCUGGAUAAAUCAGCGGAGAGGCCGAACACUGAGGUUGUGACGCACAUACGUGGCAUCAAGGACGUGAAGGAGCUGAAUCUCACUGAUAACUCUGCUUGGGAGGGCGAGAGGAGGAACAUUAAAGGGGACUGCUAUGAAGACAUGAACCUCGCCAUGUUCAUCUGUCCUGUGGUGGGACUAGAAAUGAACGGGAAACACAAGUUUUUCUAUCUGCAGACCUGUGGGUGUGUUUUCUCAGAGCGAGCUGUCAAAGAAGUCAAGACGGAGAUUUGCCACAAGUGCGGAGAUCCUUUCAAGGAAGACGAUCUUGUGGUUCUGAAUGGGUCUAAAGAGGAAGUGGAAAAGCUGCAGAAAGCCAUGGAGGAGCGCCGAUCAAAGGCUAAAACUGCAAAAAAAUCAAAGAAGAGCAAAGAUACUAAAGUCUCCAAGAAGCAGGAUUCAGAAGUGGCAGAAAGCUGUGAUUUACCCAAAGACACAUCAGAGACUAAAUCUACUUCACCGAAUGGAGACGACGGCAGUGAAUCAGCUCCGGGACCGUCCACAUCCGGCGAGAGCUCGAAGACGUUAAAGGCGCCCGCGGGUCUCGCCGUCGGCAGCAAAAGAUCAAUCCAAGCCAUGAUGGAUAAAUCUGAGACCUACAAGUCUCUCUUCACCUCCCACAGCUCUGCCAAACGGACCAAAGACCAGAUCUCCAACUGGGUCACACACACACCGUACCACUUUUGAGUGCGCUCUUCCUAGUGAAGCUCGCCCUCUAGUGGUCAGGUUUAGGCGGAGCGACUCUCUGCUGGAUUAAUGCAUAGUUUUAGCUUAUUUCUUGCAUUUUGUAUUUACCUCGAGCCGAUCAUCUUAAUUUAGUCGCAUGAUUAAGUGUUUGUUGGCUCGUCUUUGCCAUUUUCAUUAUUUGACUGGAUUGUGCUUUGCAGCAAUAUCUUAUUUUAAACCACUUAAUUUCAGUGACCUAUCGCAGUAAAACAAGUUUAUAGGCUGUAUGUUUUCCAUCCUCCUGAAAGUGUCAGUAUAAGUGAAAUAACCCUCUAGUUACAGUAGUUAUGCGUUGUACUUUUAAAGGUGCGUUAUUUGUGGAUACAAUAAAGGUCCAAUCUGGGGAAAAAAAAAUCAUGCAUCAUUUCUUAUAAUUUGUUAGUUAUUCCACUGAGAUUCUACUUUUGACCACAGGGUGGCAGUAGAUAUCUACGAAUAAAUGCUUUCCCAGUCAAUCCCUCUUAGAUCAGUUGUAGCUGACAGUCUGCAGUUCCUUUAUGUGUGUGUGUGUGUUGCCUGGUAAAACUACAUUAUUGGGACAAAAUGCUCCUAAAGAUGGCAAUAUCCAAAAUCCGUGUCCAUGUGGAGACAUCUGUUUGGUC